AUGGCAACCACGCGCCUGGGACCUGAAACAGACAUCAACCGUCGCACCUCCCUCGGUUUCCUUCGUCGUUCUAAAUCCACCGAACCCCUAGGCGAACACAAAUCUUCCGGCUCCCGCAAAAAGAUGUCCAAGACUCAAGCCAUGGAAGAUGAGAUGCGUCGUCAGCGCGAGUCUUAUGCCCCUAAAGUCCCUCCCCGCUUGCCUGAUCUUUCCCCCGCCCCGCAACUGGAAACUUUUGGAGGUGAGGAACGUGACAAGUCUACCGGUCCAAUCCCAAUUCGCCCAGAGUCUGGAGUUAUCGCCUCGCCUUCUAUGGCUGGGUCAAUCAACAGCGUCGAUCCCUAUGGGCGCACCGAGAGCAUGACCCACCGUGGCCGAUACAGCUAUGCUAGUAGUGCUGUCAGCACCGUGAACAGCCCCCGCCGUGUACGCCGUCGCAAGGACCCCACCUCAUACAAUGUGCUUGUCAUCGGUGCUCGUAACUCGGGAAAAACCUCAUUCCUCAACUUCCUCCGCAGUGCCCUGACCAUGCCCGCACAUAAGCACCCCUCGCGCACCCCCGAGGAGGUUGAGGAGCUUGAGCGCCAAACCUCGGCCUGGGAAGGAUUCACGUCGCAAUACCUGGAAACGGAGUUCGACGGAGAACGUGUCGGACUUACCCUGUGGGACUCUGUAGGCCUGGAGCGGAACAUCGCAGAUCUUCAGCUGCGUGGUGUGACAGGCUUCCUGGAGAGCAAGUUUGAGGAGACCCUCGCCGAGGAGAUGAAGGUUAUCCGUUCCCCCGGUGCCCGUGAUACUCACAUUCACUGCACUUUCCUACUUCUGGACCCUGUGCGUCUCGAUGAGAACAUCGCCAUGGCUGAGCGUGCUGCCAAUGGCACUUCCAAGGCCACUGAUGCCCCCGUGGUUGGGAUUUUGGACCAGAAUCUGGACAUCCAGGUGUUGCGCACGGUGCUGGGUAAGACCACUGUGGUGCCGGUUAUCAGCAAGGCAGAUACAAUUACCUCUGCCCACAUGAGCUACCUCCGCAAGGCGGUCUGGAACAGCUUGAAGCAGGCCAAUAUCGACCCCCUUGAGAUCUUGACAUUGGAGGACCAGGAGGAAGAGUACUCCUCGUCGGAAAGCGCGGAUGAAGAUGAAACCGAGGAGCCUGAGACUGGAGAUGCCAGCGAAGCCAAAGAAUCCGAGGCCGCAACCGAAGAUGCUCCUGGCUCGCCAUCGCAGCUCAGCCGCAGAUCCAACACGUCGCAGGCCACCAACCAGCACGUUCCGUUCUCGAUUCUGUCUCCGGACCCUCACUCGUUGGCAGCUGGAGACCAACCCGUCGGUCGUCGAUUCCCCUGGGGCUUUGCAGAUCCAUAUGACGCCGAGCACUGUGACUUUGUUCGCCUGAAGGACUCCGUCUUUUCCGAUUGGCGCUCCGAGCUGCGCGAGGCCAGUCGCGUGGUCUGGUAUGAGCGCUGGAGAACCAACCGCCUCAACCGCAAUGGACAGCCGGCGCCCAAGAAGCAAAACUACGGUGGCCGUCAGGGACCUUAUGAUGGCCGUCGCACGCGAUAA